AUGUCCGAGUGGCAGAGCCAGUUGGAGCCGACGCUGCCGUCCUGUGAAUCAUUACCCAAGCAUCACACGCUGCUUCACGAUAUGUCGAAUAAGGACUCGACCGUCGAAGAUUCACCUGUGUCUAACGAGUCGAAGGUUGACGAAUCCACAACAAUCAACUCUCACUUACUCUCCAAAACAAGUUUUUCUAAAACGAGCAUAUUGUUAGCUACUGCGUGGAUCCGGGUGAAUGGCUCGAACGAUCGAACCGAUGUCGUUCGCGCGUUGUUGGACCAAGGGUCAAUAACAACUCUCAUAACCGAGAGAUUAGCUCAGCGAUUGCGAUUGUCGCGCGUAUCCGUUUCUAUAACGGGAAUCGGGAACACCGCCGCCACGGCAAAAUAUGCUGCUCAAAUCGAACUUGAUCUAGCAGACGGAGAUCCGACCAACUCGGAUCAAAUUGAUGUUAUUAUCGGCGCGGAUCUGUACGGCGCUAUCUUGUUGCCGGGCGUGUGCGCUCGCGGUCCCAAUGAGCCCGUCGCUCAGAACUCCAUCUUCGAGUGGGUUUUCUCGGGUCCCAUGCCAUCGCGAUCGCGGUCAGGCAGCGCGUCAAUACGAAUUCACCACUGUACAUUGCUCACGGAACUCAAUAAUCAGAUAAAACGUUUCUGGGAAGUAGAAGAGUUUCCUCGACAAACAUUCCUCUCCCCGGAAAAACACCAGUGUGAAGAACACUUCAUGUCCACGCACACUCGAGCCCCGAAUGGGCAGUACAUAGUACCAUUUCCAUUUAAAACCGAUCCACCCAUCCAUAUAGGUGAAUCAAAUUCGAUCGCUCGUUCCUUGUAUUUGCGUCUCGAAUCUCGCUUAAAAUCACAACCGGAGAUCGCGAAAGAGUAUAACGAGUUCCUGCGAGAAUACGAACGAUUAGGCCACAUGGUCAAAGCUCCCCCAUCCGAAAGUUCCAAUGCGCAGACAGUCUACAUACCGCAUCAUGCGGUUAUGCGCGAACACAGUGCUACAACGCACCUACGAGUCGUCUUUAACGCUUCUCAACCGACUUCAAACGGUUUAUCCUUGAACGACCAUCUCAUGGUCGGCCCAAAAUUGCAGACGGACUUGGCAGCAGUAAUUUUGCAAUGGCGACAAUUCCGGUUCGUAUUUACGGCCGAUAUCGCCAAAAUGUAUAGACAAAUUCUAGUAAAUUCACGCGAUGUCAAUUACCAAAGAAUUUUGUGGCGUCCGCAUCCCACCGCCCUGAUUGAAGCAUAUAUAAUGCUCACCGUAACGUAUGGGACAGCAUGCGCCCCGUUUCUGGCCCUUUGCUCCUUGAAACAAGCUGCGAAGGACGAAGGCGUUAAAUUUCCAUUGGCCGUUUCGGUUAUUCUUCGACGCAUCUACGUAGACGAUUGUGUCUUUGGUGCCGAUGAUGAACCUCUCGCGCUACAAACAAGAGAUCAACUCAUCGGCUUAUUGGGUAACGCGGGAUUUAAACUUCGGAAAUGGGCGAGCAAUCGCGCCUCACUCCUGGCCGGCAUAGACCCGACGGAUCACGGGCUCGCACAGUCAAAACCUCUUUGCGCGGACGAUCAUGUCAAAGUACUGGGGAUUAAAUGGAAUCCCAUCGCGGAUGCAAUUCAGUUUGAAGUCACGAUUUCUUCCGUUCCUGAGACAAAACGCGCGAUUUUGUCAACUAUUGCCAAAAUCUUCGACCCCUUGGGAUGGCUAACUUCGAUGGUCAUAACCGCCAAAAUCCUGAUGCAACAACUAUGGUUAAUAAAAUGCAAUUGGGAUGAUGUCGUUCCAGACGACUUUUUAAUCAGAUGGCGAACGUAUCUUUCGCAAUUAGUCUUAAUGCGGGAGAUCUCGAUCCCCCGAUGGACCAAAUACGGUUCUGACAUGCUUACUGCCGAGAUUCAUGAAUUCGCGGACGCGUGGACCUCCGCCUACAGAGCGGUCGUGUAUUCGAGAAUGACAAAAAUUGACGGAUCUAUUAACGUCACGCUCCUAACUGCCAAAUCAAAGGUGGCACCGCUCAAGCCAAUGAGUGUCCCGCGAUUAGAACUGUGUGCUGCCUUAUUGCUGGCGCGACUAAUUGCUUUCAUGCGAUCAGCUCUCGAAUUACCAAAAAUCGCGUGCUACUAUUGGCUAGAUGCUCAAGUCGCGUUAGCCUGGAUUACGCAAUCUCCCUCGCGAUGGAAGGUCUUCGUGGCCAAUCGAGUGCACGAAGCGCAACAACUCGUCCCGGAUGCGACAUGGCGUCAUGUUUCCUCAGAACAAAAUCCCGCGGACCUCGCGUUCAAGAGGCACUCUUCCCUCUAA